CACUCCAACUGCCAUAAACGAUCCCCACCGACGCCCCCGCCAUCGUCUCCCUCCGCCGUGGGCCGCUCUCCGCCCUAAUUUCUCAUUUUUACACACUUUUUUCCUCGCAGGAAAAAGUAAGAGUAAAAUUACAAUGGUAAAUUAAACCCAAUUUAAUCUCCCUCUCACCGUCGCCUUCAAAAAGCCCCAAUCCUCUGCCCCAUUUCCUCCAUGGGCGUACUCUCAUUCCCCCUUCUUCUCCUGCUUUUCCCGCACCCUCGCCACAUUCCUCUUUCUCUCUCUCACUAAACCUAGGCAUCGCAUUGCCAUGGGUGCCGAAUUUCCGGGAAUUGUUAGGCUCAGAUGCUCCGUCAAGAGGUACGAAUGGGGCAAGGUCGGGGAGGAAUCGGGUGUCGCGCGGCUAUACGCUAGUAAUAGUGGGGAGGAAAUCGACGGUGAUGAGCCCUUCGCCGAAUUCUGGAUGGGGACCCACGACUCGGGCCCCUCAACCGUUGUGCCCAACUGCCAAAUUCGGAGUGCUGGUGUGGAGAUGGAGGGCGGCUUCAAGCGGGAUCGCUCCAAUUUAGUGAGUUUGAAGGAUUGGAUUCAGCAGAACCCUGUCGUGCUUGGGGAUAAGGUCUUCCAAAAAUGGGGUCCCAAUCUCCCCUUUCUCUUCAAGGUACUUUCAGUUUCAAAGGCUCUGUCUAUACAAGCUCAUCCAGAUAAGAGUUUAGCUGCAAUCCUACAUAAGCAACAGCCACAGGUGUACAAGGAUGACAAUCACAAGCCUGAGAUGGCCUUGGCGCUCACUGAGUUCGAGGCUCUCUGUGGUUUCGUUGGUCUCGAGGAAAUUAAAAAUGUUCUCCAAAAUGUACCUGAGAUCACUGAAGUGGUUGGCACUGCAUCGGCAAAUCAAGUAUUACGCAUAAGCAAAGAGGACGGGGAAAAGAAACGAAAAGAUGUCCUGCGAUCUCUAUUUACUAAACUUAUGUCGGCUAGCAAGGCCGUCAUAUCUGAUGCAGUCUUCAAGUUGAUAAACCGACUGAACAUAAAGAGGAAGGUGAGGGGGCUGACUGAGAAGGAGGAACUAGUUUUGCGGCUUGAAAAGCAAUAUCCAGGGGAUGUUGGUGUCAUUGCAUCUUUCUUGUUUAAUUAUGUGAAACUUAAAAUUGGUGAAGCCCUAUAUUUGGGUGCAAAUGAACCUCAUGCAUACCUAUAUGGUGAAUGUGUUGAGUGCAUGGCAACAUCAGACAAUGUUGUACGAGCUGGUCUUACCCCAAAGAAACUCGAUGUUCAAACUCUAUGUUCCAUACUCACGUACAAACAGGGUUUUCCAGAAAUUCUUCGUGGAGUUCCUUCAAAUCCUUAUACAUUAAAGUAUCUCCCACCUUUCGAUGAAUUUGAGGUAGAUCAGUGUAUUCUUCCUCAAGGAGCAUCGACUGUCUUUCCUGCCAUUCCUGGUCCUUCUGUUUUCGUGGUUGUGAAAGGAAAAGGAACCAUGCGGCAGGCAUUUUCGGAAGAGUUGAUUGGUGAAGGAGAUGUCCUGUUUACGCCUGCAAACGCACAGAUCAGUGUGAGAACUACUUCAGGUUUGAGUUUGUAUAGAGCAGGUAUUAGCAGCAGGUUUUUAAGUAGCAAAUGUGUGUGAUUGUUUCCCCCUUUUUCCAGUGUCCAUGUUUUGCUGCCUGCCGUCUUGUAAUACUUAUAAUGUACCAUGUAUAUGAACCGAUACUUGUACACGCUAAUAAAUCAUUAUCAAUGAAAUGCAUAAUCCAUCUUCUCGGUA